GGCAUUUCGGGUGACAUUCCUGCCAUGGGCAGAGCGUACUGGUACUCCGGGUCCGAUUGGAACGAUGGGUACUCAGAGGUUUGGCCGGGAACAGUCUUCUAUGCUUAUGUAGAAGAUCCAUUGGCCUGGCAGCGAACUGGUUGGUACCAGUUCAUCAUUGCUGGAUGGGAGCAGGCGGCCCAAAAGUACGAGGCGUGGGAGGCCACCGGACUACACACCAGGCUCUUUAGUCAUGCUGAAGUCCUUCGCGGAGUCACUCGAUUCAAACAGUGCAGCCAUGAUCAGCUCGAACGGGAGGCUCGUAUGGUCGCCUGGUGGGAACCAGACGAUUUGCGUGGCCCAGUAGAUGUAGGUCAAAGGGCCUGGGCCUGGAAGAGAGCAAGGCCUGAUCGCCGCGAUGCGGUGUUCCCAACUCGGGUCAAAGGCUUCAAACCCCACGGCACUCUCGAGAUGGCUGGACCCAUGCUGUUCCAUCUCCAUUCCAGGUCUCGUCACGAUGAAAGCUUCAAGCGUGUUGUCGACGUGGGUGCUGGCACGGGGCGGAUGGCAUCAUGGCUUACGACCUGGGGCCUGGAGGCCAUCGCGCUCGACGUCGUGAAACCACAGACUCCAGAGUUUGAGGUGACGGAGUUUGAUGGGCGUACGCUGCCAUUGGAAGACAAGAGCGUGGAUUGCGUCAUCUUUUCCUUCGUGUUGCACCACUGCAGACACUUUGAAGUGCAACGUGCGCUCCUCAUGGAGGCAGCCCGCGUGUCGCGGCAGUGGAUUGCAAUCAUUGAGGAUACACCACAAGAGGCCAUCCAUUGGAAAAACACCAAAGGCCACGAUCGAUUGGGCACUUUCAAUUCCUGGUCCGAUUGGAUGGGCCUCUUCAAAAAGUUACGGCUGGAUCACGUGGUACACUCUGGCGAUGUUUGGGCAGGGUCCAAAAGCCGACCCAGCCCAUACUUCUGCAAAAGGGCCUACUUCAUUCUGGAGGUACAAGCGGAUGCACUAAGUCGGGGCCCCACACUUCGUGGUGCCAGUGGCGGUGCAUUGCCUGCACGGGGCUAUGCUGCGGAAGCGCCACGGCAAUGUCGAGGCUGCGUUGAGGCUGCAGAUGAUCCUGAAGGGGUUGCCAUUCUGCGUGAUAUCAAGGCAGAUUGGAUGGAUACCGAGGCCAACGUGCCGUGGACGUACGAGCAGCUGAAGCUUCCGCAGACCAUCGCCCAAGGCCUCAAGAGCCAAGGCUUCCACACUCCGUCACCAAUCCAAAGGGAAGCCGUUCCGCUGGCCCUGGAGGGUCAUGAUUUGGUGGGAGUUGCAGCCACUGGCAGCGGAAAGACUUUGGCAUAUUUGCUGCCAAUGCUGCUCCGGCUCUUGUCAACACCUUCCCAUCAUGGUCCAUUUGGACUAGUGCUCUUGCCCACUCGAGAAUUGGCAAUGCAAGUAGCCGCCUGUGGAAAUGCUCUUUUGGGGAAGGAUGAAGACUCUGGAUUUGGAGUAGAUGACUUGGAGCAACGCAUCUCAGUUGUCUCCAUCUGGGGUGGUGGCUCACGUCCAGAGCAACAGAAGCACUUGCGCUAUGGCAGCCACCGAGAUGCACCAGGAAGUGGUAGCUGGAUUGUUUGUGCUGCGCCCGGACGGCUAUUGGAUCUCAUUUGUGCAGAAGAAGAGGAAGGCCGUGAGCCUUUGGCCAGUGUGCGAGUCUUGGUGCUCGAUGAAGGUGAUAGGAUGCUUGAGGAGGGGCUAGGCGACCAACUGGAUGGCAUUGCCCUGCGCACGGCGCACAUGCGACAGACGCUUUUCUUUUCGGCCACCUGGCGGGAGGAGAAGGUGGGUGAGCAAGCCAGACGGUUUUGCCGUCACACACCCGUAGUGAUUCAGAUUGGCGAGAAUGGUACUAUGCAAGAAGGUAGCGUGUCAGCUUGCCCUCGGAACAUUCGGCAGAUCGUUGAGGUCUUCGACGAUGACGAGAGCGAGGAAAAGCGAGAAGAGCGAAAAUUGGCGCGUCUUCUCGAGCUUUUGAGUGCUCUGGAGCAGGGCACAAGUGAAGAAACUGGAGAUGCAAAAUGCGUGGCCUUUGGGAAAGCCUUGGUCUUUUGCACAACAAAGAAAUUGGCCGAUACAGUGGUGGCUCAACUUGCGGACAGAGGUUGCGAAGCUCUUUCGUUGCAUGGGGGCAAGGCACAGCAGGAGCGUAAUUACAACCUCGAAAGAUUUACCAGCAGCGAAGAGCAAGCUCCCAAUGUGCUUGUGGCGACCGAUGUGCUGGGGCGCGGCAUCGACUUGCCCAACGUGACGCAUGUCUUCGUGUUUGACAUGCCGGGGUGUAUUGAUGAUUACAUCCACAGAAUUGGGCGUACUGCUCGUGGGAUGGAUGGACAGGGUCAGGCAAUCUGCUUCUUUGAGUACGCUGAUUGUCUUCCAAAUCUGGCAGAGGACUUGGUCACACACCUUGAAGUCACGGAGCAACCAGUUCCACCAGAGUUGAAGCGGAUCGCUGAGGAGGUGGCAGAAGGUGGCAGGGGACGACGAGUGAAGAAAGAGGAGCUGGAACUGCCCACUUAUGGCUUGGCCACGGCAGAUGAGCUUGGCGUUUGGCAUGCCUCGGGCUACAGGUCUUGGAUGUUUGAUUCUU